UCAUUAUGUAAUAACCUUUGUUAGUCUGGUCACUUAAUUUUAAAAAUAAAUUAUGUCAUCUUUAGACAAAAUAGCAAAAUCCUUUAGGAGAAUUCAUAAAGAAAGAUCACAGCCCGAUAAACGAAAAGAAUUCGGAUUUUUACCCAAAAAAUCAGAUUACAAAAAACGCGCAAAAAAUCACCAACGACGUUCUAAGUUAUUAAAGGUUUUCAAAGAGAAAGCUUACAACAAAAAUUGGGAUGAGUUUUAUUUUAAGAUGAUAAAUAUGAAACCAUCAAAGGAUGAUGAAGAAGAAAUCAUAGAAAAUAAACAAGAUAAACUUUCUUAUGAACAAUCAUUGUUAAUUAAGACACAAGACUUAAAUUAUUUAAAAUAUAAAAGGAAUAUAAAUUUGAAAAAAAUUGAUAAAUUAAAAGAAGAAAAUAAAAAUGAUACAAAAUCACUUAUAACGCAUACAUUAUUUUAUGAUAAAGAUGAACCCCUUCCAAAAGAUAGAUCAAAUCUUUUAUCAUUAUAUAAAAAAGAUGAUUUGAAUGUAAAUCAAAAUAAAAAAUCAAAACAAUUACGUAAAAGAUUACUUCGUGAACAAAAUUUAAAUUUAUUGCAAAAAAGAUUAGAAAAUAAAAAGGAUAAGAGCAAAACAUUCAAUAUUCGAGCUAAAGAUGGAGCAUUUAUUACAAUACCUGAAAGGAAAUCUUGACAUUUUAGCAAUAUUUAUUUAUUAUAUAUAUCAUCUAAAGAAAGAUACAAUUCUUUAUAUUCAUUUUACAAAUAAAUUUAUUUCAAUUAUAUUUUAAUAGAUAUUAUAUAAAUUAUAUUAUCAUAUAUCUUUCCAAUGAAAAAAAAAGAUUACAACCCCUGAGAAAACAUAGUAAAUCAAAUUUAAUCAAUCAUUAUUACUAAAA